CCCCGUCUUUCUUGGAAUGCGAUGUACUCUGUCAUUUCGAAGAAACACAUUCGUUUAAUGUCAUACUUCCAUUACAAAAGAAAUAGUGUGAUUUUUGUUUUCGUCUCAGAAAAACAUGACAACGCUUGGAUAUGAUAUUGCUACUAGUCUAACAAACUGGCGACAGGCAAACACAGCGUCUGGACUUCUUGAGCAACUCUGCAUGAGUGGGACGCUUGCAGAUAUCUAUUUCGUAUUUCCGAGUCGCGAGGGACAACAAGAUUCACUUCCGGCACAUAAGUUUGUACUUGCCAUGCGCAGUCCAGCUUUUGAAAACAUUUUUUUCGGACCGGAUGCCGAGAAACAAGAGUCAGAAAUAAUAGUGAGAGAUAUUCGAGCUACAACAUUUAGGACCAUACUAAGGUACAUUUACACGGAUUGUGUAGAAUUUGACGGCAAUACUGUCCUACACGUGUUAUAUGCAGCGAAAAAAUACGAUUUGGGAAAUUUAGUAUUAGAAUGUGAACAUUAUUUGCAAACCGCCAUCGACGUGAACAACGCGUGCUCCAUGUUUAACCAAGCAACAUUUUAUGAAAUGGAUCUUCUACAGGCUAAAUCUCUAGAGUUCAUUUGUAUGAACGCAAAUGAUGUUUUUGAUACAGACGACUUCCUAAAGCUAACACCAUUAUCUUUACUUGCGAUAUUAAAGGCGGGAAAUUUAGGCGUUGAAGAGGAGAUGGAUGUAUUCAAAGCGGCAAUAAAAUGGGCGGCACAUCACUGUGAGAAAAAAGGAUUCGAACCUACAGCCAAGAACCAGCGUGCUUGGCUAGGAGAGGCGCUCUAUAGGAUAAGAAUGCCGAUAAUACCGGUUCAGCAAUUUACGGAAAGUGUUGUUCCAACCGGACUUCUUACAAACGAAGAACAAGUAGAAUUAUAUAUGCAUAUGACGUCACACAGGAACGCUGACGCAGACGAAGACACAGUAGAACAUGUCGGAAAAUUUGACGCCAUGCAUCGACCCGGAAGUGUGUUCGAACUAAAACUUCCCCUGUCAGGCACAGAUAAUGUUAAAAAGUGUUUAACCGCUGCGUGUCAGAUUCUUUUAGUUGCAGAUAAACCAUUACGCCUUAGGAAAGUCACCUUAUUCUACAGCUCUAAACAAUAUGAACAAAACAUUGUGGUAACAGUUACAAAUAUGAAAGAUAAAUCAUUUGUGAGACCAAGACUUGAACCUGUGCCGCCAAACGGACCCAUAUCGUUCGCAGAAGGCGUAUACCUCGCUGCAAACACGCAAUAUAACAUAGCAAUAACCUGUAUGAUAUACAGAGGUGACGUCAAAGCGUUAGAAUACACGGACACGCAACGCGGCGUUCUCUUGAACAUUAGUAGUGUUUUUAAUUCUAUUUCAUCGAUACAUUUGUCUAGAGUUCAUUCAACUUAGUUUUACAAUGAACCAGAUUUAAGACCGUUAUUUAGGAUUAAAUUGACAUAUUCCUAGAUUUCCCAUAAUAUGUGUGCUAACGACUUUUGCGUAAGAAACUUUUUUUUUAAUUUUAAAAUGCUAAAACUGGAAAUUCUGCAAAAGAGAAAAUGGACAGCACUGAUAAUGAAGAUUUAUCAUUAACGUCUCUAGCGUUCAGAGAUUUACAAAAGUUAUUUUUAUAGAUGCACGUAUAAGUUAUUUAGGCGUCAUAUAAGUUUGAUAUAGUAUUUUGUCGCGCAUGUGCAAUCUGCGUAGGGCAAAAAGAGCAUCGCCCUACUAAAAAUAUAAUAGAAGUUCAUAGACAAUUCCGUGUUAGUAUAAAAAGUAUAAAACAAUACGAAAUAGCUUUUAACAAAACCAUAAAAGAUGCCUUUACAGCUUUGUGGCCAAGUUUGCCAUUAAAAGGCAUGUAAAAGACGAUUGUUUAAGAAAUCUCUCUAACGAUCACGGACCUGACAUUGAUUGUUUCAAAAAUGUGGAAAUA